AUGGCUUCUUAUUCAGCAGCCUCAACUUCGCAACUACAAGCUGAAGUUACAAAAGUACCGGCUCAUUUGACCUCACAAGCAGUGCCAAUUCGUAUCCGACAGUCCAGCAAUACAAUAAUUGGCACACCAACAAAUGUGAUUGUACAAGAAUUUGCUGAUCAAGCAUUAGUGAUCGUUAGUCAAUUAGGCAAAGUUGGUUGUUUAUCCCAAAUAACCAUUCAAAAACGACCAAACUACUCAGCUGCACAAGCAGCUUUUGAUUUGGACGAUGAUGAUGCAGUUGAAAAGCAUUUUGCACGUCAAGCAAACCUUCAAUCUGAUCCUGUUGCUGUCUCGGACUCUUUGAGCUCGGAACAAGCGGCUAUGCUCGGUAAUUGUCAUCAACAGAGACUGUUUGGAACACAUCCUCCCGGAAAGAAGUCAUUAUAUGAUCUUUAUAACAUACAUAUCGCCUUGCAAACCCAACAAGCUCUUGCCUCCACCACGCAAUCUAACGAUACGGGUUCCUUGUCCGAGAAGCCGAUCGUUGUCGGUCUUGCUUUGCAGCAGAAACAUACCACGACAUCCCAAGAGGAAGAAGAUGAAGACGAAAAUUUUGACAUACUGGCAAAUGACGAGCGGGAGAGGUUUGAAGGUAUUUUGGCAUUGGUCAAACAGGCAUGUAACUCAUGA